UCGGAUAUGAAACCCCGUAACGGGCUCCUUGGCACCGGCGACCCACACGAGUAAACCGCCCUGCCUUUCGUUGGUCGACAUUGUUUCUGCUGCGAUUUUGGUACUUGUUGGGUUGUGUUGUGAAGAAUCGAGAAUGGCGGAUCUUAUUGCAGGGGCGGCCGUAGGACUAAUAUUUUCAGAGCUGUAUAAGGCCGUUGAGAAUCUGAUACAAAAGAAUAAGAAGUUCCGCACCCACCUUACAGCAAUCAAGGCCACCGUAGACUCUUUGAAACCAUUGAUCGACCAGACGGAGAAGCAAAACAAGGAACUGAAUCUCUCAAACGAGGAGACAGAUAAGUUGAAAAACAUAAUCUCCGACGGCAUAAAACUGGUCGGCGACUGCUCCAAGAAGCCAAAGUUGUACAGUACGGCACACUAUACAGCUAAGCUCACCAAAUUGGACGAGGAUCUCAAAGGGAAGUUGGAAAUAAUCAAGGUGCAGGGGCUGAGGGAUGUGAAGGAGACGCUGAUUAUUGUUACGGAAAUAAAGAAGUUGAUCAACCAAUUACAAGCCUCGUGGUUAUUAUUGGUGCUCAUAAUUUUUGUUAUUUUGGUAACUAGGGUCAUGUUUAGUGUUCCUGGAGGAGUGAGAGAGCAGCAGCUUGCAACAUCAUUGGCGUCAGUGCCUGACGGCGGUAUAAUAUUGUCCCGUCCGGCGCGGUUGCAGUUAGGUUAUUUUGUGGUCUGGUUAUUUGGAAAACUUCUUGUGUAUGCCGUCUAUGUGGUCUUCGUUUUUAUGGCCAUUGGGAUCGUCUGUAUUUGCGUCGAAGCUAUUCAAGAUCAGUAUCGACUGGGUUUCUCUGGCCUGAAGCUCCCGGAAUGGGAUGAGCUUCGGGAAUUGGCUAAGAUAAUUGUCGGGCUGUGUAUGUUCCUCUAUCUUCUUAAGGGUCUUUUGGGGUUGACCAACUGGAUUAAUCAUCAACUGUGAUUCCAUGAAAUUGAAUUGAGUUGAAAUUGAGUUAGGUGUUGGGCUUUUAUUUGCUAUCUUUUGGUUAUUUUCAGUAGACUUGAGUUGUUUUCGGCUGGCCGUGGCCUUUUGGAUUUGGGCCUCAUUAUUAAUUUAAU